CACAGAACAUUCAGACAUUUAUACAACUUUCAUAAAAUAAACAAAAAGUCAAAGAAGACAAUAUAAAAAAUGUUUCUGUUAUUUUUGUCUAGAUAAAACCGAUCUCUGCUGCGAUCUACUGAGGAGAGAUUGAGAAGAUGGCAAUGAUGGUGUUUUUGGCAACUCUUCUACCGGCUGUACUGAUGAGAGAAUGUCAGAAUGAAAAUGAUUGUUCUGAUAUUUAUAACCCAGGACAAACCAUCAGUGGGAUUUACUCCAUCUAUCCAGCAGGUGACAUUCAUGCCUGGGUUUACUGUCAGAUGAUCUCAGAUGGGAACGAUGAAGACAAAGGAGGAUGGACGGUGAUUCAGAGGAGAAUGGAUGGCAGUGUGAAUUUCUAUCGGCCGUGGAAUCAGUACAAGAAAGGAUUUGGGAAUGUGGAGAGUGAAUACUGGCUGGGGCUGGAGAACAUGUACCAGCUGACACGCAACAGGAAGUACAUGUUGAGAGUGGAUCUGGAGGACUUUCAAGGAAAUAAAGUUUUCGCUCUGUACUCGUCCUUCUCUGUUGGUCCUGAAGCUGAUGGGUAUGAACUGCGUGUUUCAGGAUUCACUGAUGGAGGAGCUGGCGACUCUUUAUCUUUUCACGAUGGACAGAAGUUCACCACCUUAGACAAAGACCAAGAUGUCCAUAAGGAUAACUGUGCCAAAAUGCGUUUCGGGGCAUUUUGGUACAAAGACUGUGUGCUAGCAAACCUCAACGGUAUGUAUAUAUGGGGUGAAGAUUCCACUUAUAUCGCCAUUGGAGAUAUUUGGCACAGCUGGAAGGGUUAUUAUGUCGGUAUGAAAUCCAUCAGCAUGAAGAUCAAACGUGUGUCAUAGAAACAUCGGCACGUUCCUCAGAAAUAAACAACAAAACAAUCAAAUUAUUGUUUAAGGGUUUCCUCUUCUCUAUUAACUGUGUAACUUUGUAGAUCAUGUAAACUUAUGACUGUUUGUAGUGUCUUUCCUAUGAAGUUGUACUCCAAUAAAGUUUCCUAUAAAGUUGUGCUCUUCACUAUAGAUUGGAAUCAACAAAGUCCACAAACCAAUGUCCAUUUCAUGAUUUGUUAAUUUAUGAAAAAGCAACACUUAUGAUAAAAAUAUGUUCCUGCCACACGUACCUGUCCGAUACAACCUCAAGGUCAGGUUAAUAUCACGUGACGUGAACAGGUGACCUAUGUCUACUCACCACAGAGAACAUCGCCCUCUUGUGGUGGAAUAAUCACCACAUUUUAGCUCCGACACAGUUUAGAAACUGCUCUUUGUUUUGAUUUAGUACAUUUUCGUAUAAUGUGUUACACACUGAUACAUAUAUUAAUCAUUUGGCUGUGAAACAUUUUCUACUUUAACUGAACCAAGAGAGACUUCUCUUCAGACACAUAGACUACACAAAUGUAAGUUUUCUCUUUUUACUGACACAUUUUUGUCUCCUUAGCCUGUCAUUGCAGAUUCACUGUUUGUGUAGAAGAGUGGUUCUCCAAAGUGGUCUCUCUCGCUCUCUCAAAAAAAUAAAUAAAAUAAAAUAAAAGUCCAGGGACUCAACACUCUGCAUAUUUGACAUUUGUAUUUCAUCCUUAAUUAACAAACGUGAUUCGUGAUUCAGAUUCAGACACAAAAUGUGCAGAGCAGUGGUUCCUCAGGACCAGAGUAGAGAACCACUGUUGUAGAGUAAGCUUUAAUAUAACCUUUAAACUUAAGUUCUACAAUGUAUAACUACAUUAUGUUUAAUAAUGCAUUUGUGUAUGUCCAUUUUUUUUAUUUAUUUUAUUUUUUCUCAGGAGGGUGCAUUUUGGUACAUUUGUUAUUUGUAAGAAUAUUUAUCUAAAGUUAGUUUGUAUUUGUUUAUUGCUAUGGCCUGUCUAAGCUAUGAAAUUGUGAGGUGAUUAAAAUAAGCAUGCAAAAAUUAGAAUUGUGAAGUUUUUAUUUAUGUUAGAAUCUGAUCUUAGAAUGGGGUCAAAUCCACUCCCUGUCUUUAAAAGAAUUUGCUAACAUAAUGUAAUGUAUGAUAAUUAUGUUAUUACU